AUGUCCUCUAAAUACUCGUUACUAAUUAGACUGUUAGAUUCGAUUAUUAAAAUACAAAAACUCAUAAAUUUCAAUAAAUUUUUUUAUAAUUUAAGUAGAGUAAUGAGUAAUGAUAAAGAAUGUAUUUAUAGUAAUUAUUAUAAAGAAUUAAGAUAUUUAAGUAUUAGAAAUACCCAAAAGGUAUUGAAAUAUAUAUUUAAUGAAGGUAAAAAACAGCCUUGGUUUAAACUAAAUAAUAAACCAACUAAUAUUGGUUUAAUUCUUAUUAAGGAUGAAUUAGAAGAUAAUGAUGUUGAUAAUUUUAUUCAGAAGAAGUUAAAUCUGGAAAGUAUCAUUCAUCUUUCUGAGUGUAAUUUAUCACUUGAAAUUAUUUUAAAGCAUAUUCUUUAUGAUUUUGAUGAGGAAUGUGAAGAUUUUAAGGGAAUUGAUAUGAAUUUAUUAAAAAAGUAUAUUCCAAUGAAUAAUAUUAAUCAUUUAUUUUCUUAUAGUGCUUUUAUAAGAACACAAGAGAGAUUUGAUAUUAGUAAAUUUGAUAGUUUUUAUAGGCCAAUAAAAAAUACCAAGUAUUCAUUAAUAGCUUUAGAUUGUGAAAUGGUUGAGACUGAAAUUGGUGUUGAGGUUGGUAAAAUAGCUAUUUUAGACAAGAAUGGCAGUCUUAUUUAUAAUAAGAUAGUUAAACCUAAUAAUUUAAUUAUAGAUUAUAGAACUGAUUAUUCUGGUUUAACUAAGAAAAGUUUUGAAUUAGAUUUCAUUUCAUAUAAAAUGUUAAUAGAAGAUUUACAAGAGAUCAUUGGAACAAAUACAAUAGUUGUAGGCCAUGGAUUAGAAAAUGAUUUAGGGACACUUAAAUUUUAUACUACAAAUGUAAUUGAUACAGCAUAUCUUUUUAUUAAUUCACUAGGUCUUAAAAUUGGUUUAAAUAUACUUUGUAAAAAAUAUUUAAAAUAUGAAAUUCAAAAAGGAUCUCAUAAUCCUUAUGAGGAUGCAUUGUGCACUUUAAAACUGUUAGAUUAUAAAAUUCAGAAAAUAAACAUUUUGUUGAAUGGUAAGAGAGAAUUGAUUUUAAAGAAAGUUAAAGUUAUUGAAGAUUUUGAUGAAUUUAUCAAUUCUAUUGAUUCUAAAAAUUCUAUAUUAGGAAAGUUUGAAGUAAAUAAUUUUAAUGAUGUAUCAAAAUUCAAAGAUAAAACAUAUUUGAUUGUUUUUUAUAAAAAAGGAAACAAAUAUUAUAUUGCGUUUAAAAAUGAAUUAAUAGUUAAAAAAGGAAAAUAA